AUGUAGGAAGAAAAAAAUGGGCUGUUCAGGGUUCAAUUUCUGCCUCUCCCGUCUUUCUACCCCUUUCUGUCUCACCUCCCUCGCGAUCGGACGGAGCCCAGGUUGCUCCUUAUCCUGAAAAUCAUUCUCUGCAGGAAAGUCCCAUUUUUACCCGUUUAUCUCUUUCGCUCACACCGAACACCGUAGGGCAACGGAGAAGACUUCAUAUACAUCGAAUGUAUAGACUUCAGAGAAAAAUACAAUAAGAUAAAGGGAUAUCGCAACCACAAAGUGUCAUCUGUGUCGGAAGAAUGCGAUCUGGAAUGUCCCUCCCACUGCUUCUCUGUGCCAUAUGUCCGCUAAUCCUGGCAUCCUCCUCCAACGUAGGUAAAGGAGCAGAGGACACGAGAGUCCUGCAUGUCACCAUCCCCAAAUCCCCACCUCCAUCCGCCACCCUGGGGGGCUCCCUGAUCCUGCCUUGCCUGGUGUCUCUGUCCCAGCCACCACCCUCCACCUCUGCCCCGGGCCGGCGGGCCGUUCUGUCCGCACCCCGGAUCAAAUGGAGCGUCCUGUCGGCGGGCCAAGAGACGGAGAUCCUGGUGGCUCGGGGUGACAGGGUAAAGGUCAGCGAGGCCUACAGGGAGCGGGCCUCCCUCCUCCACUACGCCUCGUCCCCUGCCGACCUCACCCUGCGGCUGGAGGGCCUGCGCCACAACGACUCCGGGUUUUACCGAUGCGAGGUGCAGCAGGGCCUGGAGGACGCCCAUGACCUCGUCCAAGUCAAGGUCAAAGGUGUGGUGUUCCAUUACCGGCAUGCCUCUGGCCGCUAUGCCUUCUCCUUUGCGGAGGCCCAGCAGGCCUGUGAGGGGAUCGGGUCUCACAUGGCCACACCAGAGCAGCUCCUGGCAGCGUAUCACAGCGGCUACGAGCAGUGUGACGCUGGCUGGCUCUCCGACCAAACCGUCAGAUACCCCAUUCAAAGGCCACGGGAGGGUUGUUAUGGAGACAUGGACGGGUUUCCAGGAGUGAGGAACUAUGGGAUGCAGGACCCAGAGGAACUAUUUGAUGUGUACUGCUACGUAGAAAAUAUUGAUGGGGAGGUGUUUCCUGGCACUACUCCACAGCGCCUCACCCUGGAUGAGGCCAAGGCCUUCUGCCAGGCGUCGGGGGCAGAGCUGGCCUCCACUGGUCAGCUCUACGCGGCCUGGAACGAGGGCCUGGACCACUGCAGCCCUGGUUGGCUAGCCGAUGGAAGUGUACGCUACCCCAUUGUCACCCCAAGGGAGCGCUGUGGAGGGUCACAGCCUGGGGUCAAAACCAUCUACCGCCAUUUCAACCAGACAGGCUUCCCUGAGCCGCAUGCCCGGCAUGAUGCCUUCUGCUUCAGAGGUAACAGAAGCCCCCACACUGAUGCCCCCACAGACUACAUGGCCACAGAACCAGAGGACCUUGGCCAAGACAUAGUGACCCUGAUGGAUCCGCUGGAGGAGUUCAGCCUGGGUGAGGUGACGGAGCAGGUAGAGAGCGAGGCGCAGGGUGCUCUGGAAUCUUUCCCCAUGUUCGGUGGACCAAAUGAGGGGCAGAAAGCUGUGAAGGUGCCACCUCCCACCAUUGCCUCCCAGGGUGGGCUCCCCUUCUCGGUUGAAUCCCAGACCCCUCCCACCCCUGCAUCCCAUCCUAAAGACUCUCGUCCCACGGACAACACCUGGCUAACUGCUGAAGUGAGCAGGUACCCAGAAUCUGGUGAGCCUUCAGCAAAAAACCCCAAGCACUAUCAACCCAUGCCAGAAACCAACAUAGUAUCCAAUGAUACUUCAGCUAAAAACCCCAAGCAUUAUCACCCCAUGCCGGAAACAAACCUAGACCUCACUGAGCCUUCCACUGAGAACCAUACACAUUAUCAACCCAUGCCAGAAACAAACCUGGAUUUCGGUGAGCCUUCAACUACAAACCACAAACAUUAUCAACCAAUGCCAGAAACAAACCUGGAAUCAAAAUAUGAGCCCUCAGAAGGUUCCAAGCACUACCAACCUAUGCCGGAGAUGAACCUGGAGUCCAAUGACACCUUGGGAGGAGUCCACAAUGAGAGCAUGGAAGACGUCACACCCACGAUAGUCUUUGACCAGCUGGGGGGCGAUCUCAGCCACUUCAACAGCUCUUUAAAGAUUUUCCUGGAGAGUGAGGUCCCCACAUCCAAGGGCCCUGCUGAGCAACCGGAGACCAGCACGCCAUCAGCUUAUCCAUCACCUCCCCACAACCUCACUGGUGAUGGACGCGGGCCUGAGGAGCCAAUGGCAGGAGGGAUUGAAGAGACCUCUAUCUCGGCCACAUCCCAGGGCCCGGCUUUGUCCACUCUGUCCCCCCUUCAGGAGACCUCAGCAGGGUCCGCACUGGAAGGGUCCGGGGAUGCACUUGCCAGCGCCCUCCCUGGACCCGCUGAACCCUGGGAAGUGGUGGUGGCCCAGCCUGAGGAGCCGGGUGCUUCUGCCUCAGCCGAAUCUGGGGACCAAGUCAGCUCUGGCCCCCUGAGCACGCAUCAGGUUUCACAGCAGGGAGGGUCCACAGACAUUUCCACAGUGGAGGACUCCAUACAGGAGCAGUCAGGAGUCGUGUGGCAGUCGUCGGUGGAAGCGUCUGUUAGUUCAGCUGACCAGGGGUCAGCCCCAGUUGAUGUGACAGAGAGCGGGUCUUCUGUACCCACCGUGACAGUUUCUGGGGUCCAAGACAUAAGCCAACCUGGUGUCACAGUCACCCUGCUCAGUUCCUCUGCUGUCCCCUUCAGCACCCCCAGCCCAACCUCUCCCUGGGCAGUGGAGGUGGAGGCCAGCGCCCCCAGCGAUUUAGAGACCCUCGUCCCAGAAGGAAGUGCCUCAUCUGAAGAGGAACAUCAGGAGGAGCUGGAGUUGGUGGAUCAGAUUGACCUGUCCUCAAAUGAUUCGCUUGAGAGACAUCCAGUCCCUGGAAAAGACUUCCCCAGACUGUCCAUAACUUCAUCUGCACCACUUGUCAACUUCACAGAUACAAACGCAACUGCACCUGCUGACACUGAUAAUACCACUGACUAUGGAGAGAGGUACCUGUCUACAGCCUCCUCUGUGCUAUCCCUUGAGUUCACCGAAACACCUACAGUUGUCCUUGAGAGCGCCAAUACCACCUCUGACCAUGAAGAGGACAGUGAGCAUGAGGUAGGCACCAAGGCCCCAGCCCCUGUGUCAGUGGUGACACUUCUUCCCGACGAAUCCCAGACCACCAGCUGGGGCACAUGGCCUUCCCCAACUGCACCAGAGGAGUCCCGCUCUGACCUUGAAUACAGUGGGGAGGAGCAUCCUGAUGAGACCCAGGAGCACAUCCCAAAAUCCUCAGUUGAGCCUGACUUUUCCAAGCCAGACACUCAAUCCGCCACACCUGGCUAUCCCACUACUGCCACCACAACCCCAGCUGCCCUAACUACAACAACCACCGAGCGGCCCUCCGAGCCCCAGAGCCCCAGGGCCACUGAAGGGCUCCUGGAAAAGGCUGACCUGGAUGAGGCCAUUUUUGAGGGCCAAACCACCACAGCGGACAGGGAUGAGGAUGAACUGGAAUUAGCCCCUACCCAGCCACCCACUCUUGCCAGCCUGCCCAAUGAAAGGGCAGCGGUGGGAAGGGGGAGGAACAUUUCAGACGCCUGCCUGGAGAACCCCUGUGCCAAUGGGGGUACUUGCGUCGAGGAAGGGGGGUCCGUCAAGUGCCUCUGUCUGCCAACUUAUGGAGGGGAUCUCUGUCAGACGGACCUCGAGCUCUGUGAGGUUGGCUGGGAGAAGUUCCAGGGCUUCUGCUACAAGCACUUUUCCAACCGGCAGGGCUGGGAAGUUGCGGAGCAGCACUGUCGCAUGUGCGGGGGGCACCUGGUGUCCGUAAUGACCCCCGAAGAGCAGAACUUCAUCAACAAUAAUUACAAGGAGUAUCAAUGGAUCGGCCUGAAUGACAAAACCAUUGAGGGGGACUUCCGCUGGUCCGAUGGCAACCCCGUGCUGUAUGAGAACUGGUACAAGGGGCAGCCGGACAGCUACUUCCUGUCAGGGGAGGACUGCGUAGUGAUGGUAUGGCAUGAUGGGGGGCGCUGGAGUGACGUUCCUUGCAACUAUCACCUGUCCUACACCUGCAAGAAAGGCACCUCUUCCUGCAGCCAGCCCCCCUUUGUGCCCAACGCCAGAGUGUUCGGCAAGCCGCGGUCACGCUACGAGACCAACUCGGUGGUGCGCUACUACUGCACGGAGGGGUUCCUCCAGAGGCACUACCCCGUCAUCAAGUGCCUGCCCUCUGGCAAGUGGGAGGAGCCUCAGAUCCUCUGUAUUCCAGAUCCGGCAAACCCAUCAGUCAGAGAGCAAGUCACAGCACUCCCUGCCCAAAAGGAGGAGGAGACCGUGGAGGACACGGCCACGGAGAAGGCCACGCCACAGUUCUGGGACAUCAAAUGGAAUUUUUGAGUCCUCUCACCCCACCUUUUCACAAAACACCCUAAACACCACAUGCCCCUCCCUUAAACCUGUACCCCCUGUAUCCACCUCAGAGAAGGGCCCAACUCUGUUCCUCUAUCUCUGAACUACUCUCAAACAGCUCAGAUUCACCUUAUGUCUUUAUACUUUAAAAUAUGGAGGUAUAAUCUACGUAAGGUUAUUGUCAACAUUUGGAGACAUAUUGUCAUAUUGAUAAUAAGGCAAAAAGACACAUACUAAAUAUGGGUGUCAAUAUGAGCUAAUGCUAUGGCCUUGUGGCUCAUUUAAAAGCUGGACAUAUUCCACUUGAAAAUGUCAGGGGCAGCAACCGUGCUGGAGAAAAGUAAAAUCCUUAACAGGUUUUUGACAAUAACCUGGAUCGAGUUAUACCUCCUUAUGUGUGCACCCUUGCCUUAAAUGUGCCCUUGUGCAGGGAUACUCCCAGUUUAGGGCCACAGUAGCAUCCGAAUGCAAGGGUCCACUGUAUACAGCACAGUGCAAUGGGCACUCCCUUGGACUGAAACAUAUCUGUUGUUCAGGUGUACUGUGUGUAAGGCAAUUCUGGUCCACAAGGAUUGAAUGAGUCUGUCAUUUGUACUAUAUGUAUGAGUCUCACUUUU